AUGUCAAUCGAAAACACAUGCAAUACAAGCAGCAGAGUCCUUUCCCAGUCUCGAGGGCCCAUUCCUCAAUAUGGGGUUCCUAAGAACGAAAUGGAAUCGUUGGUGCGCAAAGAAAUGACAGCAGACAUGCCUCUAGGUCAGGAUCUCGGAACUGAAUUGUGGGAUCUUAUUCCUCUAAGUCUCCUCAAGAAUGUAUCCUGUGUGGAAGAGUACCCUUCCAUUGCUAGGUUCCAAGAGAGCUGUAUCUCUAUCCUCGCCGAUCGCUGGAAUGCCCCAUCCAUCAACUCGUCUUUUGGUACAGCCACCACAGGAUCAUCCGAAGCCGUUCAGCUUGGUUGUCUCGCAAUGAAACCUAAUUGGCAGCUCAAAAAUUCGGAGAACUCCGACUCUCGUAUGAAUGUCAUCAUUGGCGAAAAUGCACAUCUCUGCGUGCAAAAGUUCACGGACUAUUUCGAUGUCGAAGCGAGGAUUGUUCCUGUUACCAAGCAACACACUGUUGACCCGGUGAACCUGGCUGAACAUCUGGAUCAUAAUACCAUCGGCGUCUUCUUGACUUUGGAAAAUACCUAUACCGGCCAUUUUGACCCAAUAUAA